AGUUCUGCUUGACGUGUGUACAAAGUAGAACAAGGCGUGUGAUAAAAAGCACACCCAAAUUUCACCAAAUGGCAUGUGUGGAGGUGUGCACGUGCGAUCGCACACCAAUUAUGACCAAGACUGAACUACGUGAUGCGGAAAGUGGUCUUUUAUGUUAGUUUUAUUAGAAAUAAAAGAAUCUGCAAACCAGCCAUGUCUGUUUUUUAUUAGCUAUAAAUUUUUCUGCAUUAUUAUGUUUUUUGUUUUAUGUUUACAAAACUGUUGUUUAGGAUUUAUCGCAUUAUUAUGGACUGACCUUAUAAGUAUAUGUGCACAUUCAUCCGAAUGUCAGUGUUUUUCUGUUAUUUGCUGUUUUAGAAAAAUGAAAGAUUACAAUGCAAGUUUUAAACAUCCUUAUAUGUAUCUUGACCAUUGGGGCACAAUUUUUGAUUUCAGAAAGAGUACAUCUAAAAACCCUUUCUGAUCACAAUCAGAUGUCACCUUUGAUCAUAUCAAUAAACUACACAUCAUCAGUAGUAGAGUAUCAAUAUAGAGAUCAAGAUGACUCGUUAAAAUCUUGGAAUCUGUUUUAUGAUCAGAACAUUCAAAUAUUCAGAAGUGCAGUAUUUGGGGAAAUUGUGCUUGGUCAACCAAUAUACAGAUUUACCUGUUUUAUGCUGUCAUUAGAUGGGAAUAAUGUUGUACCAUUUAAAGCUUUUGAUAAGCUUAACCAGACAUAUCUCAAAAAUAAGCAAGAAGCUGACACCGAACUUGCUUUGCAAUUUUAUUUAAUUGAUAGCAGCAUUUUAAAGUCACAGCUUCAAGAUUAUGGCAAAGAAGUAUUUAAAAGUUGCUCUGAGGCCUCAGAAGUGUACACAACAAAAAAAGAUAUCAUGAAAAUUGCAGAGAGAAACAAGAACUUCAAUUUAUUAUCUACUGUUAAAUUUUUGAACAACCAGCCAUCAUUAUCACUUAGCCAAUUCCCUUAUUGUCACAGUGCACCACCAGACUGGUCACCAAGUUGCUUAUGUGUCACAAGUAUAAGUAUCAACUGGUACCCUUGUUCCUAUAAAACAUGUCAAAGUGAAAAUGGAGAAAAGUCUGUUUGUAGUAUAGAGUCGUGUAAGCAAACGCAUAGAUUUGUUUAUCUGGUCGAGAAGGUGAAGUUGUGUUUUUAGUUAAAGAGUUUUGUACAUGUAAGUCUAUUAGUAUUUUUCACUUAAAGUAAAAGCUGGUCAAAAGCUGCAAACUUGUUUGUUUGUGUUGGAUUGGUAUGAUUUAUUAUAACAAUUAUGAUCUUUUAAAAGUAGUUUAGACUUCUUUUUUUUAUAAGAAGAUAAUGUGUUUUUAUUUUAUAUUUGUAUUUAAAAUAUUUAAUACAUGCUUUAAUUGGUCAUGGAUUAAUUGGAUACUAAAACCUUUCUUGUUUUAAGAUUUCUUAAUUUGUUGUAAAAAUUAAUUCUGACUAUAUUUAUAUUUUGCUUCAUUUCCAUGUAUUAUGUCAAAAAACACUUAGGGUAGAAGUUGGUUGGACAGAACAAUAUCUUCGACAAACAUUGGGUUGGGGAUGUGUUGACUUCCCUUAAUUUAUUAAAAAUAUCUCCCCAGCAUCGUAUCCCUUUGUUCAUUGGACAUUUCUUUGAGUCAAACCUGUCUUGCGUCCAUGUUUUAUCUGGACGUAUUCAACCUAUUGGGACAACAUUUUGCCUGUCUUUUUUUCGGUACAAGAUUUCAUCAAAUUAUACUUCCUCACACAACACAGUUGGUAUUCUCGCCUAAUCAGAUAUAUAAAAAUGUUUGUGUUUUCCAAGUAUUAUACUCACGUUUUCAGGGAUUUUUGAGAAUUUUUUUUUGCUUUCGCAAACUGAUUUAAUUGAAAUCCGAUCUAUUUUUCAUACAUUCGCCUCCAAAUUUCUGUACUAACUGCGACUAAAUAAUUACUAGACUUGCUGUAUUUAAAAUGUUGCUACAAUUUAUUGAAAUACUCUUGCAGUCACGUGGCAAGAGCAUAACUAGCCAUUGAUCAGUUUCCGUUGUCUUGUUUUCUUUGUUGAUGGUGGUAUUCUCUCUCGUCGACUAUGCAGGCGGUUUAAAACUGUAUUCAUCAUCCAUUGUUUCCCGUGUCCAUGGAAAUGGUAAUGGAUCAUUCUUAAAAAUUAUAUGUGCAGAAAGAGAUGUAUCGUACUAUUUUUAUUGCACAAUUUAUCUUGGAGUUAUACCUGUGCAUCGUCGAAGUUGUCACUGCAUAAUUAAACUUUCUCUUCUCUCUGAGAAGCAUCAUUAUCACACAACCAAAGAAAUAUUUCCAAAAAUUUUGCAAUCCAAAUAAAAUAAAAUCCCAUGUUUUCAAAAGUCAACUGGGUAAUCUUUGUGAACUUUGGCACAAAAUGUCUGUCUUUUUGCCAAAUAGUUAACCUAGAUUCUUCCUUUUUUCUGAUUUGUCAGUAGCUAUAACCUAACUUCUUUAAAUAUUUCCGACAACAGUACAGACUCUUAGUCGUUAAGAUGUAAUUGUACAUUCUUCUUUUCUUAGCCCUAAUUAUAUAUUUUUUAUACUUUUCUGUCAAUGAUUUAGACCUACCAAAAUUUGAGCGUCUUCUUGAUUAUGGACCGUAUCAGCAAGUCAAAAGGCAAACCGUUCUUAAGUUACGCAAUUUUUUGGAUUUUCAAAAUUUAGACUACACUGGAAAAAAUAUUUUAAGAAAAUGUGAUAAAAAAGUUAAUUAUAGGCCUUCUUUUAUUAUUUUAUAUCUCAUGUGUUUUUGUUUUAGUGUGUUUCUUCUUUGAAAGAUUGCCACCUGCGUGCGUCCAGGCCGGUCGGAAAAAUUUACCCCUGCGAGCGCUGAAUGGCUCACAUAAAUUAAUCCGCGUAAGCAAUCCACGCGCGAUCACAAAAGCUUUUACAAAUUAAUUUGAGUGAGUGAUCAAAAAGUUUAAAAUAUGUUAUUACUUGUUUAAAUGCCUAUAUUUCAGUGUUAGGGUCCCUUUCCUCGUUGUUUUAUUGUGUUGCAUAACGAAAGAUGUGUGUUCUUAUUACCGCCAUAUUGAAUUUGUUUACUUAUAAUUUCAGUCUAAUAAAAGUGGGAACAGCAAACUAUAGUUAUCAAGGGAGAAUGGAAAAACAAUAGGCAUUUCCAGAAGACUAAAAAAAGAGAAGUAUUAACAAGACUUGAGUCAUUUAAAAAAAUAUUUUUGUUUAAAGUUUAAGAUCUUUUACAACUACUCCGAAUCAGAAAAUACAACAACGCUGCUGUCAUUAUCGGUACUGUUGCUGUCUUCAUUGUCUUACAAGGAAAUCGUGGUUACAUUAACUGAGCUGGAACAGGACUUCUUAUGUGGUGGUUCCCACGUUGUGCAUUUCUUAUUCAAGAUAUUUUAUUACAGUUAUUUCUGUGAUCUUCCCUUUCUUUUUCUGUCCAGAUCUUGUUAUUUAAAUUGAUACACAAAAGAUUCUCGAUGCUGAUGUACCUCGUGCUUAACCUCCUAAUCUGAUAAAAGAAGUGUAAGUAGGAUAAAUGCUACCUCCAUCCUAGAGUUUACUGCGUAAAUACACAUAACUAACUCAGCCAACAUUCACAACUUUGGAAACUCAGUACGUUUGAAGGCUAGCAUUGUCUCUUCCCCCAAAUUGAUUGGCUUUUAUGAAGCUUCUUAAUGAACGGAAGAGCCACAACUUCAUCAUACUCAACAAAAUCCAACAACUGCGUAAUACAUACACAUGUAUGUACGUACUGUACUGUAAAUGUAUGUACAUGUACAUACAUUUCUUUUAUCUUAUCAAACCCAAAAUAUUUAUUGUCAGUAGGCCACCUCUUACAAUCGAACCAUGUCAUCGAUUCUAAAACUGGCUCCUGAAAAUCAGCAAGCUUCGCUUCAAGUAAUUCUUUUAACAAAUUGCAAACAUCUUUUUUCUUCCUAUUGACUAAAUUUGCAGAAUCUUCGUUGAGGUAUGUAAUAUUUUGAAAUUCGAUGGUGAUACGUUGCUUGUUGACAUUUUCUUUGUGACCUUCGUCACCCUUAGGAAGAUUUAGGCAGAUCGUUUUCUAUACGAAAAGAUGCUAGAUAUCUCACAAGCAUCUCUUCAUCCAUGUCCGAGGAUGCCAUCCAGAAUACAGUUGUCAUUUUGAAGUGUACUAUUUGUCUCAUGUAUCAUAUUUUUUCAAUUGUCAAUGUUUUCUUGUGAGGUUGAGAUGCAAAACAAGUUUAAUAUAACAUUUCUUUAGAAACAAUAAUAUACAUGUAUGUAAUAUACAAGAUAUUUCAAUUGUGACUGUCCCCAAAGACCAGCCAAAGCAAUCCUGCCUCUCAAAUUACGUAUUAGGUCAAGUUACAAUAAUUCCAUUUAAGAUUAUCUUGAAACGUGAACAUAAGUAGCUUUAAAAGUAGGUAGCUAGCUAGGUGGUAUAUUUAUAACAUAACACUGAGCGCUAAAUGUUAUAUCUUGAUAUCUGAGGCAUUUAUCUAGUUAUUAUGCACACAACAAUCCAGUUAAAAACAUCUCUAAUCGUGCAACAAGCAAGUCUUUAAGAAUGCGUUUGCUAUACGAUCUUUUCAGGCAGUGUUACGAAUAAAAAUCAACGAUCUUGGUCUUACACCAACAGUUGCAAAGUGUGUUGUACGCACUUGGAAUGCAUGAUUCGAUUUAAUUUUAGCUAGCUAUAUACAACAACACACCAUCAGUUGCAUCAGUUCAGUUUUUUCACUUUAUUGGACUUAGUUUAAGUUUAAUACAAGGUCUUGAUGUAUGCAAAAACAUUUUAACACCAUGAUGCAAGUUGAUCCUGGCCCGUCAAUUGACAGGCCACUGUGUCUAUAGAUGGGCUGUUCCAUCUAUAGACGGACUGUGUUCUAAAUUGGGUCAGAAUGAUAAUACUUCACACUUGCACGUCUUCAAUAUAAAGAUCGCAAGGCUUUGUUGUGUUGUUAAACACUUGGGUUCUUGUAUGCAACCACCCUGUUUAAUCGAUAGAAUAUAUUUAGAACAAACCCACCCAGCUAAAACAGUGUGUUAUUAAAUACAUCUUAUCUGAAUAAAUAACAUAGAAUAUAAAGCUUGUAGCAUAAAAAAUAUUAUGCUAAAUCCUGCUCAUAGCACCUGAAAUGUAACUAGGAUUUGUUUAUAUUAAUAUAAAUCCUAUGUUUUAUACAAUGGCUCUAUUGAUCCGUAAAUUUGUUUACCCCAGGUGAGUUGCAUGGGCGUUGUAUUAGAGCAUGAGCAAGAAACUUGGUGCAAAACGUAAUUAAAACCUAUGAAGGACAACAAUUGUACAGAAAGGAUAGAUAAGUGUUUCAUGCAAUGCUUAAACUUAAAAUUCUAUCCUUUAUUAUCAACACUCUUUUUCUUGGCUCCUAAUCUCUUGCGAUGCACAAAACGCCUCUCAUGGGGUACUCAACGUAUUAAACAUCCGUAAAUGACCACGAAAACUAUACAAAUUAGUGUGUUUCUAUAGCCAUUCAUCCUUUCACACCAUUCACUAGUAAGUAGGAGAUUGCUAUGCAGACAUGUGAUUUACAGUGCUACCAGCUUCGUAUGCAGCUAAAUCACUUAGGUUUACUGUGUUGGGACCUACCAUGCUUCACCUUUUAUUUAAACCAUAAACUAUUAAUUAGCAUAGAAAGGUCAAAGCAGAUAAGUAUAGAUAUGUAGACUUUUCUCUGUUAUUUUUGUUAUAUGAGGGGUGACUGAAGUUGUUGUAAAAUUAUUCACCGUUUUUUUUCAUGCUCGCUAUAAGUGGGCAAGAUUUUUGAGUGCUGUGAUUUCUAAUUGUGUUCGAGGAAAUUGUGCACGUUUAGAGCUGCUGGUUUGUAAAAAUUUUUUAAAUGACUUUUUCAUUUUCUUUCAUUCCGGUUUACAAGCAAAGUCAUUGUGUUCUUGUAAAAUGUUGAUAUUGAGGUGUUUUACUUCUUCCCUACACAAGUGUUUUUACUUUUUUCACGCUGUGUUUUGAAUGAGCUUAUCAUGUUUUUGUGGUGUUCAUUAGUAUUGCUGCAAGUAACUAACUACUGCAAGAGUACAUGGUCCACUCUUAAACUGUUGGAUGGGCCAGAGCGAUACUUAUGAAUGAAGUAAAUGGCUCUUUUCGAGAUGAUCCUUUUUCAGACUCUACAGAAUAUAUAUUUCUUGUCCUCUGACCUUAUACUGGUAAUUUUUGACUCCAUGUCAUCCUCAAAAAGUUGAGAGUCCACCUAUAACUGUCACAUUUACGGCAUACCUGAGAACAGAUCAUUAAGCUAAUGUGAUGGUUAGCUUAAAUUACCAUGGCAGCAAUUUUCACGUGACUCCUCACUUUUUAAUAUCAACUUUUUUCGAUAAUGACUCACACAUUUUACAUUUACGCCACCAAAAUAAAGAAUUCAGAAUAAACCUUUUCCUCAUGAAAUAUCUAACAAAUAAAAAUACAUAGAGCUUGCUCGUUUUACUCCAUCUUAUUUUGAUAAAACGAACCAAGACGAAUGAUCAAACCUUCUAAUAUUCAAAAAUCUCGGAAACCACACAGCUCAGCCAUUUUGAUACCUAGAUGGAUUAUACAACAAAUCGAUAAAAUGGGUAAUAUUGAAUGUUUUAUAUGCGUGCAGAUAAAAUCCUCACAGUAAUUGUUGCUGCCAAAGUAACUGACACGAUUUAACAUAUAUAACUCUUAUAUAUAACUCUGCCAAACAAAGGUUUUUAAACGGCAAAAUAAUUUUACACAAAUGGUAAAGUUUAUGCCUAACUUGCAGUGCAGCAACAACAAAAAAAUAUGUGCUGGUCAACACCUAGAAUAAACAAAAACAGUUAUUCAUGUCGUAUCUUGCAAAAAUGCAAAAAGAUGAUUAUGUAAAGAAUAAGGGUAACGACAUCAAGCAUCCCUCAAAACGAAGCAGACCCUAAGGAACACAACUAGAUAUAAUUGAAAUCAGAAACCUUCAUACACAUAACGAGUCAAUAUAUUCAUAAAGACUCGAUACAUUCAUAAAGACUCAUUACAUUUAUAAAGACUCAAUACAUUCAUAAAGUAACAUUAAAACACAUACAAACAAAGACUUCACACAUAAAAAACAUAAGCAAAACAAAGACUGUUUCAGUACUGGGCAGCUUUUCUGUUAGUCAUGGGUAAGGAUGCUGUUAUGAUUUUUAAAAGUAUAGUAAUAGCAAUAAUAAUUUUAUAUACCCAUUUAAUAGGAACUGCUAAAAUAUUUUGUUUUAUAAACAACACAUGUCACAAAUAUAAUUAGUAUUCCUUAUGCAAGCCAUAUUCCACAUUUCUGCAAUUAAUCCAAGACUCUCCUUCUGCAGCCUCGCCCCAAAAUCCACAUAUUACACACUCGUAGUCUUUUCAAUGAUAUUAUGCUCUUUCAAAGUCUUAUUUUUCUUUCGUUUACUUUAUUCACUUUGGCCUUUCUUUUAGUUUUGCCACAGUUUUUCAUUUUCUAGUUCUUUGAUGUUAGAUUUAUUCAGUAAAGGUGUACCAAUUAUUCCUUCUUACCUCUCUGAACGUCUCGACUUUUGUUUUUUGGUACCUUCAAGAUUUUAUUGAAAGAAACUCCUACAGAAAAAAUCUUUACUAGGUGAAUCUACUGCAGAUGCGAAAAACAGAUAUAUGAGUUUUCCAGAACUUGUUGGAGUUGAAGUUAGUACUGGUAACGCAACAUGUUGUGUUAGUGUCGGUAGUUUUGCGUGUCAUUUAAGGCAACAGGUGAGGCCGAUGUUGUGACAGCUUCAUGAGUUUGGACGAGGAUAUUUCAAAUAAGGAUUCUUCGAUAAAAUAUCCUUGUCAAAAGGCUAUAUGCAUAUGCAAUGAAAGCCUGAAACAGCAGUUUCAAUUGUCGCUAGUUUUAAAUAUGUGUGAAAAAUUCCUUAAGGAACUUCAACCGCAUUUAUCCUUGCUUGUUGUUAAUGCAUCCAAGAUGUGCAAGGAGUAUGAAAAGCACUUUUCAACGGCUUGAAAAAAAUAGGAUGUAGCGGUUAAUGUGAUGUGAGCGGUUAUUGUGAUGUGUGUGAUGGAAGGACUCUUUCACCACUAGUUGCAGAUGCUACAACUUUUUUUCUUUUUGUAAACAAUACCAUUUGUGGUUUAUAGACACAUGACAAACCAGAUUUGUCACAAUUAUAAAUUUGAUUCAACAGGAAAUUGUGUUUCGCAAUCCAUGUUUCUUAGCUAUCAAAUCCAACAGAAGUUUUGUGCAACUUAAAUCCACGCUUUGAAGCGACACCUGGUUUUCUCAAUGACAAAGGUGAAUGUCUUUUUGAAAAUCUUUGUUUCUCUUUGUUAAAUGGGUAAUUGAUUGUGUUCGUUGUUACAUGAUAAUCAAACAUAACUUUCCUCUAUUUUUAAGGAUUAUGCAAGUCCCUAUAAUGUAUUGCACUAAAGUAAUCUUAUCUUUUUCACUUAGCACAGUCCUUCAUCAUUGACGCUCCGUUGAAGUAAUUCGUAAGGAGCAUCAUACGCUUUGGAUGCUUUCCAAAGAGACAUGAUUUGUUUCUUUUACAGCAUUUGUGGCUUCACAAAUCGCUUUUAAAUCUCAAAUUGCACUGGAAGACAUGCGUACGCAAUUUCUUGUCACUCAAAAAAGAAAAAAGGUGAUUAUAUAAUAGAAAAGAUGAACAAAUCGAUGUCAGUGAUUCCAUAUAACAAGGUAAUCGCAUAUCUCCAAAAAGCCAUUUGAAGACCAUGAAGAGGCAUGUGUUGUGCAAAAACAAAGCAAAUAAAGGUUAUUAAAAGUCACAGUACAUUGUUGGCGCGUUUUACCCCACCUUCAGUUCUUUUGGAAAGGGUUAGAAUAUUUUAAAAAUCUUAAACAUCGGGAUAAAAAGCACUUUAAAAGUUGAGAAUCUUCAUGCUUUAUAAAAUAAUUCAACUACUUUUCUAAAACCAAAUACGUAAACAUUUUCGUCUUGUCUUCUGUAUUUUGCUUUGUUUAUUUCGGCUACGUUACAUAACUACGCAUGGGUACCAUUUUAUGACUUCUUUUUACAAAAGUCACAACAAAAUGGGCAAUCUUGUGAAUACUUUCCACAUUUCUGCUUUUUGUGAUGCACCAUUGUCUAAAACCCCUCGUCUUUUUUCUGUUUGUUCCUAGCAGUAGGCACUUCAGGGCAUUUUUGUUGAAUCCUAAAUCAAGCACUAAAGCAAAUUAAGAUUGUUCUACAGACUAAGACAAAUCCAACGAGAGGUCAAUGACCUCUGUACGUUGAGUAGAACCAAAGUUAUGGACAUUUUAGUAUGUGCAAUUGAUGGCAUUUUUUGAACAAUUGCAUUGCAAUAUUCUGCAGGUAAAGGGGAAAUAAAAUGGCACAAAAAACAGGGUAUAAAAAAGUCCGUUUUGACGACAAAAUCGCCUGAACUGAAAUUCUCAUAUCUUUCGUUCUAGAAUUAGGAAUAACUUUAAAUUUUUAGAGGAUAUUAAUAAACACUUAUAUAUUUUAUCAUCAUUUUUAUUAAUCAAAAUAUGGCGUCACAACUCUGCCAUUAUGGAAAUGACCAAAUAUGGUUAAAACUAAUAAAAAUACCAAUAAAACAUUACUCGAAGUGUUUUCAUAAAAGUUACUGCUCAGAAAACCAAUAUAUAGGUAAAGGAUGUGUCCAAAAUUUUCCUGAAAGAUUAUCACGUGAUAAAAGUGUGUAUUUUACAGACCAGAUAUGGUUAAAACUAAUAAAAAUACCAAUAAAACAUAUAUUUGAAUUGUUUUAUGAAAGUUACUGCUUAGAAAACUAAUAUAUAAGUAAUGGAUGUGUCAAAAAUUUUCCUGAAAGAUUAUCACGUGAUAAAAGUGUGUAUUUUACAGACCAGAUUUAUGAAAACAUAAUGACCAAAUAUGGUUAAAACUAAUAAAAAUACCAAUAAAACAUAUAUUUGAAUUGUUUUAUGAAAGUUACUGCUUAGAAAACUAAUAUAUAAGUAAUGGAUGUGUCCAAAAUUUUCCUGAAAGAUUAUCAAGAGCGUGUAUUUUACAGACCAGAUUUGCGAAAACAUGCGUUAUUUCAAUACCAUAAAAAAUUUAUAUCUUUUGGUCUUUUCAGUGAACGUGGAUUUAAAUUUACAUAUCCUUCAAACCCAAUUAAAAUAUGAUGUCACAACUCUGCCAUUAUGGAAAUGACCAAAUUAUAUAUAUAGUAAAAACUACUAAAAAUACUGAUUUCAAAAUUGUCACUCUAUAAGAAUGCUGCCAAAACAUGCAUUACUUCAAAAACCAUACAGAACUAUCACGAAAACAAAACUUUUUAAUUAAGCAUCAAUUUUUCAAAAAAAUAAUAUCUUGCAGACCAGACUUCAAAUAAGUUGUAAAUCUUAAUUUUUGUGUAAAAAUAUAAAAAAAGCACAAAAUUUGCACAAAUAUAGUCAUUGCGUUAAACAUGUGAGGAUAAAAUAAUGCAGAUACUUUCUAAAUUAGCAGUACAAAAGUUAUCGUUCUAUUAUACUACAGAGUUUCUGUAAAUGGUAUAUACGCAAAUAGUAAAAAUUAAAAAUCACUUAUAUAAUGAUGAAGGAUCCAAGAACCACUUUUACUUCCAAUACAAUCGUUUGUGCAUCCAAAAUAUCACAAAUUCGUACUCAGUUUGUUGUAUAUUAAAGAACGAUGAAGCAACAUGAAAUAUCAGGCAGACACUGGCUCAUAUGUUUUUUAAAUACAUCUAGAGAUAGAAAAUUAAAUUGAUAAGAAAAAAAUUAUCUACUAAAAGGAGUAAGAGAAACACUAAAAACUACUAGGAAGGUACUACUAAUAUAUAUACAUUUAUCAAUCGAAAAACUAGGAAAUAAUAAUCAGUUCUCCUUUCUCUAAAUCGACAAGAAGAGGGAAGUUCCACGUCUCAUCUUCUCCUUCAUACUGCACAGUAUACGUUGACUUUUUAGAAUUUGAUAAAACUAAUGACAUAACUGUUCCUCUACACCAUAACACAUCAUCGCACCCUUCCUCGCGUACUUUAUGCUGAAUUAACUUUCCAACUAAAGACUGUGGGUUUUCCAAAUAUUUUUGAAGCUGUGCACGUUGCUUAUCAAUAACAAGCCGUAAGCGACCCUCUUUCAACUUUCUUCCCAACUUUACCUUCUGCUCCGUAACAUUUCCUAACCUUGUAUUCUUGUCCAUUAAAACUGGCUUAGGUGCAAUAGGUCUUUCACUUGCUAAACUAUGCUUUACGACUUCUUUAAAAUUCUCACACAAUUCCUCCCACAACAACUUUCUACGCUUCCCAGAAUCAACCUUUGUGACAUAGUAAAUUUUCACUGGACAUUUCACACACAAUGCAAACCUAUAAAAAUUUAACUGUGCAAUCAAAACCUUUUCUUUUUCAACAUCGUCCUUAAUACAUUUUAAUCCAUUCUCAAUGUCACUUUCAGACGACCAAAGAUUUACUCGACAACCUAUCAAUGAAUUAGCUGCUGUUAUUUUUUUCAUUGUUUCCUUUUCCUCAAUUUCUUUUUUUUAUUUUUUGUUUGGCUAGCAACUGUUGUACUUUUUUUUCCUUCAAAACAGCUUUUCUUUCAGCAUACUUCAUUUUCAUUUCUGGAGCCAAUUUCCUUGCACGGUCUAAGAUUAACUCCCUAUCCUCAUCUGAUUGCUCAUCAAGCCAAGAACCAGUGUCAUUCCUCAUCCACAUAGUGAGAGCUUGAAUUGUUUGGAUGUUUGAAUUUGGUUUUGAUCUGAUCAACAUGUCUAAUAUCGCAAAAUCAGAUUCACUUGCUUUGUUAGUGGUAGGUACAACAGCACCGAUUUUUUUUAUAUUGUCAUCAGCAUUCCAACAUUUCCCACCUGGAAGUUGAUCAACACAUUGUCUUUCUAGUAUGACAAGAAUUCCUAGUAAAAUAAUCUCCAAAGCUUGUUGUGUCAUAACAUCAAAAUCAACAUCAUCAUUAUCUUCAAACAGUUUCUCGUAAAGGCAAUCCGUAUGAAUGGGUAAUUCAGGAAAUAUCAACUGUUGAUUUAGUAAUGGUGAUG